CUUGAAAUGGCGAUUGAAAACCUCCAAAAGUCAGAAGGGAUUGCCACUCACAAAAGCAGCCUGCUCAACAGCCAUUUGCAGUGGUUGCUGGAUAACUAUGAGACGGCUGAGGGAGUGAGUCUCCCGCGGAGCUCUCUGUAUAACCACUACCUGAGACACUGUCAGGAGCAAAAACUGGAUCCGGUUAAUGCCGCCUCUUUUGGCAAACUCAUCCGCUCUGUCUUCAUGGGCCUUCGCACACGCCGACUUGGCACCAGGGGGAACUCAAAAUACCAUUAUUAUGGCAUUCGUCUGAAGCCUGACUCGCCUCUCAACCGGUUGCAGGAGGACACGCAGUACAUGGCAAUGAGGCAACAACCUGUCCAUCAGAAACAGAGGUUUAAGCCCUUUCACAAGAUGGAUGGGAUGGGGGACAGUUUGAACAGCGGCUCCCAGCACUCGUCCAGCACCCCUGAGCAAAGCGUGGCGGCUCAGAGCCAGCAUCACCAGCAGUAUAUUGAUGUGUCUCACGUCCUUCCCCCCUUCCCUUCACCUGAUCUGGGCUCUUGUCCUCUGCCUGAGCCAAUCAGCAUCAACGAUGUCAAAAAUCUACAGAGCAACUACAGGAUUCACUGUGAGGCGACUCUGGACGUAGUGAUGAACUUGCAGUUCCACCUCAUAGAGAAGCUAUGGCAGACCUUUUGGUAUUCAACAGCGCCAUCUAGUGACGGAGCCACUACCAUUAACAGUGAAGAGGAUGUGGAGGAUAUCCCAGGAUUCCCCAGAGAGAAGCUGAUCGCUCUGUGUAAAUAUGAACCAAUCAAACAGUGGAUGAGGAGCUGUGAUCACAUCCUGUAUCAGGCACUGGUGGAGAUUCUCAUCCCUGAUGUACUGCGGCCUGUUCCCAGCACACUCACUCAAGCUAUCAGAAACUUCGCUAAGAGUCUAGAGGGGUGGCUGACCUCAGCCAUGACUGACUUCCCACAGGAGAUUGUCCGCACUAAGGCUGCAGUCGUGAGUGCGUUUGCGCAGACCCUGCGCCGUUACACCUCUCUGAAUCAUCUGGCUCAGGCGGCUCGAGCCGUCCUGCAGAACACCUCGCAGAUCAACCAGAUGCUCAGCGACCUCAACAGAGUGGACUUCGCUAACGUGCAGGAGCAGGCGUCCUGGGUGUGCCAGUGUGAUGAGAGUGUGGUCCAGCGUUUGGAGCAAGACUUUAAGGUGACCCUGCAGCAGCAGAGCUCUCUGGAUCAGUGGGCCGCCUGGCUGGAUAAUGUGGUCAACCAGGUGCUGAAACCCUACGACGGCAGUCCCAGCUUCCCUCGUGCCGCGCGCCAGUUCCUGCUCAAGUGGUCUUUUUACAGCUCCAUGGUGAUCCGAGAUCUGACUCUGCGCUCGGCCGCAAGCUUUGGCUCCUUCCACCUCAUCCGUCUGCUCUAUGAUGAAUACAUGUUCUAUUUGGUAGAACACCGUGUCGCCCAUGCAACCGGAGAGACGCCCAUUGCUGUCAUGGGGGAGUUCAGUGACCUCAGUUCAAUGAUGCCAUCACUCAUGGAGAAAGAUGCCUCAUUCUCAGACGACAUGGCCAGCGAUGGAGACAUGUCGAGGAUGAGCGAGAGGAGUAUGAGCGAGCCGGCGGUGAAGAGAGAGAGAAUCGAGAGCAGUCACUCCCUGCAGGAGAUCUAAGAGCAGGGCGUCAGGCUCACCCCAGACCACAAUCUUACGGCUCUAACACUCGGCCGUGAGCUUUUUCUUUAUCUUGAGGGUACGUAGGUCUGUUUAGGGUCGGUGUGUGUCUCUCUCUCUCUCUCGCCUUUAGGUUUUCUCCGACUGUGAAACAAGAACGUGCUGGUUUUGUGAUGUGUUUUUUUCAUGUGCCAUAGUCUUCUUUCAGUGCCUUAGAUGAGGAAAGAAACACUAGAGCAGAACUAUCUCUCUCUUUCUCUUUGACCUUCUCUCGUUCUGUCGUUUCCUCGGCCGUGCCUCUAACCGCAGAAUGAAUGUAUCGUCUCAGAACCUCAGAUGUGUCUAAAGCACCUUUAAAAGAUGGUCACAUUUUUUUUUAGACUUUCUGCCUCGGCCGUUUCCUCGCGGUUCCUCAGGCGUAGAUGCAACCUGCUGACCCCAAAGCUGCAUCGCAGCGCCCACCCAAACCCGCUGCACAUGCAAAGCCUUUCCACGACGAAACGAAUGGAGACCGCUCCAUUCCAGACGUUUUGUAGAUAAACCCCUGGCCAUAUGAGAUGCCUAGUCUAUACCUCAACAGUUUUUAGUUCUAAUGAGUUAAUGAGUCUAACUUUUAAUACGUUUUUAUAAAAAUCACUAUGAGAUUAUUCGACUGUUUGCUCCAAUCGGUUGCCCUGAAAGUACCCCAUUCUCGUUCGAAAGCUUCAGGAUGUACAUACGCCUACUGUGUUGAUGGUUACUGCUCUGGUCUUAAACCCAAGCAAAGCAGUUUUCACCUUUUUGGUCUAGUUUUGUAGUUAUUUGAGGAGUUCUUAGUUGUUUGCAGUGGUUAAAAAGAGCCUCGGUGAUUUGUCGAUAUAUUGAACGUACCUGUGAGCGUGCAUCUGUACACAAGGCCUUCUGAAGUAACUGGAAGUGAGUCUGCACUCACCAGGUUAUGACUAGUUUUGUGUUAUUUUUAUUAAAAAUUAUUAUUUUUUAAUCAAGAUCAAAAAAAUGUUUUUUUGCAUCAUAUAUUUAAGUAGAUAUUGUGUAUAUGUAAUAGCAAAAAAACGUAAACGCUACGUAAUAGCUAAAAAUUUCUCAGAAAAGCCUUUUCUAGAAGACGUAGAAAACCCAAAAAUAGACACGUCUAGUAACAGAAUAUGCAGAUUCUUGCAAAUAUGCCUCAUUACCUGGUGCUGUACAUCUGAUGUUUUAGUUUUCACGCUUUUAAUAAAAACAACGUGCCCACUUAGCUGAAGUAAAGCUGGAAACCUUUUCAGGAGAUCUAUCGGUUUCAGGAGACAUCAUUUGUUUUUGAAGAACCCGGUUGGGAUCUUUACCGGUGCCUGGUAGCGGCCCGUAACGGGCACCCUACACGUCCCUCUCUGCUAUUUACAAAGAUAAACUUUAUUUCUACUAGCUGUUCUGUGUUUGUUUCUGAGAAGUGAUUGGCGGAUGUAUUCUCACUGUGGUUGGUUGUGAGUGUCAGGCUCUGUACUUUAACGCCUGUCAUGGUUCUUUGCCUGUUGUGUGCUUUUGGGAAAGAUUUUUCUUUUCUUUUUUUUUUUGUAAUGCUGUUUUAAAGCUUCUGGCUAAGGAUUAUUUUUAUGGAGGUAGCUGCAAUUCUUCUCACUACUAUAUUGAUACCUUAUUUUUGUGUCUUUAAAAUAUCUUUAUUUAGCCUCAACUGCUUAGUUCGACUGUAUUUUGUACUGGUAAAAAGUGUAAUAAAUUUGUGUAAAUCA